AUGACAUUUAUAUUAAAGGGGGUGAAGCAGGAUCCUUUCAGUGCAAACGCUUGUAACCCGCAGUUCAAUGAAAGUGACUACCCACAACUUGUAUCUAGCAUAAUGCUUCAGCCGCCGCCGGGCCCGCCGCCCAGCUACCUGCUGGGGCCCUGCAAGCCGGGCAAGGCGGCGCUCGGCCUCACCUGCGUCGUCUGCGGCGACACCAGCUCGGGCAAGCACUACGGAAUCCUCGCCUGCAACGGCUGCAGCGGAUUCUUUAAGCGUUCCGUUCGCCGGAAGCUCAUCUACAGGUGCCAGGCGGGGACGGGCCGCUGCGUGGUCGACAAGGCGCACCGCAACCAGUGCCAAGCAUGCCGCCUCCGCAAGUGCCUGCAGAUGGGCAUGAAUAAAGACGCCGUGCAGAACGAGCGCCAGCCGCGCAACACGGCCACCAUCCGGCCCGAGGCGCUCGUCGAGAUGGACCAGGAGCGCGCCCUCAGGGAGGCCGCCGUCGCCGUCGGCGUCUUUGGGCCGCCGGUGUCGCUGGCGAUGGGGCUGUCCCCGCGCUACCACGGCGCCGCCAUGCUGGGCUCGCCCGCCGAGGUGCCGGCCAAGCAGGAGGCAGACGACGAGGACAGCAUCGACGUGACGAACGAGGAGUCGCUGCCGCCGCUGUGCGGGAGUGCGGGGCCGGGCGCUGGCCCCACGAGCGCGGGGGGCGGCGGGGGCGGCGGGGGCGGCCUGCAGGCGCCGAUGGGCCCGCGGCCGCCCGAGCCGGCGCCGGCGCUCUACCCGCCCGUGCACGAGACGCUGCACGAGACGGCGGCGCGCCUGCUCUUCAUGGCCGUCAAGUGGGCCAAGAACCUGCCCUCCUUCGCCAGCCUGCCCUUCAGGGACCAGGUGAUCCUGCUGGAGGAGUCGUGGGCGGAGCUGUUCCUGCUGAACGCGGUGCAGUGGUGCAUGCCCCUGGACGGCAGCCCGCUCUUCUCGGCGCAGGAGCACGCGGCUGCCGUGCCCAACGGCAAGGCGGCGCAGGUGGCGGCCGACGUGCGCGCCCUGCACGACACGCUGCUGCGCUUCAAGGCCGUCGGCGUCGACCCCGCCGAGUUCGCCUGCCUUAAGGCCAUCGUGCUCUUCCGCUCAGAGACGCGCGGCCUGAAGGACCCGGGGCAGGUGGAGAACCUGCAGGACCAGGCGCAGGUGAUGCUGGGUCAGCACACGCGCGGGCAGCACCCCGGGCACCCGCCGCGCUUCGGCCGCCUGCUGCUCAUGCUGCCGCUGCUGCGAUCCGUCUCCACGGCGCGCAUCGAGCAGAUCUUCUUCCAGCGCACCAUCGGCAACACGCCCAUGGAGAAGGUGCUCUGCGACAUGUACAAGAACUAGGCCGCCGCCGCCGUCUGCCCCAACAGUGCUUUCUUUUGUCGCGCGGUGAGACUGAGUCACAUGUAGUCGCGAAUCAUCCGUUUCUUCGGAGCAUGAACUUGACAGCAUUUUCCUUGAACGCAUCAGAUGUACAUUGACCAUAACCCUCUCCAGGAGCAUCUCACGUCUCACAAACUCAUUUCUCUUCAUAGUACCUCGAAUCAGGAACGAAAUCUUGGAUACAUUGACCAGCACAGGUUCUCAUCCCCUACAGUCCUAUUUAAAUCAGUUGGCAUUUGACAGCGAAGGCGCUGGACUAUACUCACUGUGUUGCCCAAAGCGUUGUGCCUGUUAUUUCUCAAGUUCGAAGCUUCUCCCUACGUGAAACUUAGCAUAUUUCAAAUAAAAAAAAUUAUGUCCGGCCCUAAUCAAAAUUAAGAACAAAUUUUUUACGUAUUUGAAAACUCUAUACACAUCAUACGUGAAUUUCAGAAUUUUCUUGUGAUUUUUGUGUGAGUCGGAGACUUUAAACUUCACAUUUAUUACGAGUUACAUAUUGAACAAAUUGCAGAAAUUACCGUUCUCCGAAGCUUAUACAGCGUGUAACUAAAUUCGCUUUGUAGACUUUGAGCACACUUUCCUUACACCAAACAAGAAAAAAUAAUCUAGUAAACGUGGCUUCUAAAAUGCAUACCUAAACUAUCGGCAUUUGUUGAUCUUCGAUACUAUAAAGCACAUCUCUUCUACUGCAAGUAUUUUGACUUACAUAUUUUGGGAGGAGCUAGUACGGACCAAAUCAAGAAAAAAAUGUCCAGUAAACAUGGGUUCUACACCGCACACUUAAAGAACUAUGAGCACUUUAUCAAUAGAAGAGAUGUGUUCCACAAUAGCGAAGACGAGUAAGUGCUCAUAGCUCUUAAAGCACGUAUUUUACAGCUCAUGUUUAUGGAUAUUUUUUGCUGUUUUGGUCCAUACUGACUCAUUCUAAAACAUGGAAAGCAAAGAGCUUCCUGUUGGAGAGAUUUGUUUCACAGUAUCGAAGACGAACAAGUGCUCGUAUCUCUUAAGGUAUACAUUUUAGAGCCAAUGUUUAGCGGACAUUUAUUUCUUGUUUUGCUAUAAGAAACGUGUUUUCAAAGUCUGUAACGUGAUAUUCAUUACACCUUGUACAUAUAUAAAAUACAGAGCGAUACGAAAUUCUGAUAAGAUCCGACGGUAAGAGAAAUAUUUUAGAAAUCAAUGAAAAAUAAUCUUGUUCCAGUCAAAGUAGUUGUUUUCGAGAAAUGAAGUGUAAAAGAAAUAUGUUUUGAAACUAGUAUUUCUUAAAUGUUUCGAGUAGGUGACGCCUUACUACUCGUGAAUUUUCGUGAGCGUGUACACCAGAUAGCGCUGAAAUGUAUUUCAUGCUUCCUCUCCUUUGGUGUACAGGACACAUGAUAAUGGACUGAAGCCUGAAACUGGCUGUAAUGAAGUAGUUCUUUUAGCAGCUGUUGGUGGUGAACUACGACGUUUCCUACAGUUUAAAAUAGUUUCCCGGGCGGGAAAAUUUCAUCCGUUUCAGAAAAAAUUAUCAUGACUCUUUACCUAAUAAGCAUUAACAUCAGAUGUUUGCCACCCUUUCAGAGUCUCCGCUUGAUCUUUGUACGAGAUAGAGACUUGAAGACCAAUUUAAAUCGUGGGAACUCUGUAUUCCCUGCCAGUAGACAGUAGUCGACGCAACAACAUGGCAACUUCUGUCCUUAAAUGUCAAAUGCCAAUUAAUUUAAAUUAUGCUAUAAGAUAACUCUAAAACAUAGCAAUAAAGCACUCGUACCACGUGAACUACAGACAAAUCUUGUGUAAUUCUUCUUUUCCUCCUCGAAGAAAUAUCUCACAGCCCAAGCUGAAAAUUUUUGACAUACCCAAAGACAGCUUCCCAACAUCACCAUCGUUGAUUUUAGUGGUUGAGACAAAGAAAAUAAGAAGCCCCUUUGCUCUCCUACUACUGGCUGGAGUUGUCUCAAACCACUUAAUUCCUUGAUACUUACGCUAUCCAUUAACUUCACCUAUUAUACUGUGUCUUUUUUUCUGAAUUUCAAUCUGUGGGAAACGUAGCACAAAAAUAAAUGUAAAAUUCAGUUUUUCAACACGAAUAGCCACAAGCGGACGAGAUCUUUCCUAUUUUGAGUAUCCAUUUGCUAAAUAAUGUAUAACAAAUAUUCACUGUCGCCAUUAAUUCCUGGUGAGGUGACUGCGACAGGUAUUGUUCGGCUACUUCUUAAUCCAACACUUCAUGUCAUUGUUUGAUAAAAAGUAAGCAAAUAUAUUUAAACAUCGGUGAUUCUCGAUGAACGUUAAAAAUAAGCGUUCAUUGUACACUCGCACAGCCAAUUAGUGAUGAUUUUCUUCUGGACUGCAACGCAUUUCAGAGAAAAAUCUCGCUCUCUGUAGGUUAAAACAUGAACGUAAAAGAUUAUCUGUUGGUCAGAACUAUUCUCACAAGCUUUCAGACCAACUGAGAGUUGCAGUAGCAUGAAUAACUAGGGCUUUUACCUAUUUCUUUUAUUGUCCAUGAUAAUUUUUAAGAAUUCAGUGGCUGACAACAAAAUUACAGACAGUAAUUUCCCAUACUUGUUCAAGAAACUUUGUUUCUAAUUUCGCGUUACAUCCAUAUGUUUGUCUGGAGCGUAUGGCUUACCAAGAAGAUCUGCGCAGAGAUGCAAACAUGAUUUCUACAAACUUUGUGAUACUGCAGGUGAUGGCCAACGCUAGCAUAGGUCAAUGAAAAACCGCUGAGUUUCAAGGGCAGUUGCUACUAAUGCAGAGUCCUUAGCGGCUGAAGUCGAUUACUGCAAAACCAUGACGGGCUCUUAACACAUGGUUUCGCUCGUGGUGCUCCUACAUCCUGUACCGAGAAUUAUCUCUUUUCGCCUUCCAUGGCAUUUGAUUAUGAUGAAGUGCUAAAUAUGCGCACGCCUCACUGUCGUUCCUAGUACAAAACUGAAAACAUUGUCCCGAUACCACUUGUUUCUAUUACAGAAAUGAGGUCGUGAGUUAUUCUCUACAGCACAAAGUGAAAAUCUCAUAAAUUAUUCAUGGUUCUUAUGCAGUUAACGUAUGUUACCAAGCAAGAUAUGUUGUAUUAUGUGUAGUUAACUACAUUUUCUGGUUCAUCAUUUUCUCAUUUUCGAUUAAUAAUUAACGAACUGGACUCUGGUUUUACUCCUUGUUUGGGCUGUCAGUGGCGUAGAAUAUAAACAGUGCACGAAGGCCCCGUACAGAAGGCAGGAACGCUUUGGUGAAGUGCUUGAUUUUGAUCUUCCGCGAAUGUCAAGUGCUUGUGCAAGGGACAGAGAGUCCCGUGAACCUUCCAGUGGCGCUAGUGUAGCAUAGGAAGCCGACUUUAUCAGCAUCUUUGAUGUACAACAAAUUUUGGAUACAAGCGAGCAUUUCUCUUCAUGUAAUAUAGAUCUUUUGCAUUCGACGCACAUAUUUAAAAAUGUUUCCAGGAGUUUUAGUACUGUAAUUCACAAUAUCGUAUGACAUUUUUCAUUACACAGAUUUUCUGUAAUUCUUUUAGGAAUACUCUGACAUGAGCAAUGUGUUUAGCUGCACUGCAUGCAAAUUUCAGACGACUGUAUCAUCUGUAAAUAACAUUUAUGUCGAUUUUUGUCACUGUGAAUCACUGUACCUCAAAAAUAGAAUCUCCGGCUUAAA